CGUACGCUUUGUCUGAAGUCGGCUCCCUUUCGUGGGAUCUAAACCUUUCAGUACUCUGUAUUUAAUAUUGCAGAGGACCACCGCACUCGGCCAGUUGCUUCGAUAUGCCUACACGGACGUUCACGCCAGUCGCCUUACUCGAGAACCGCUCCACGACAAGCCGUGCGCCCCUGGAAGCCCUACAAAUGUUAACCCAAAGCGUGGCUAAAUGUGGACAGGAAUACAUCCAACCUCUUCCGUUAAAGGAGGAAGAGCAAAAGAAAUCACCGUUGGCCCUACUAGCGGCUACGUGUAGCAGCAUUGGUAAAACCGAACCGACCAAAACAGCGGAAACCGAUAACAAGAAUUCACUACCGAACAAGAUAAACUCAGACGACACUCGGUCAUCCUUUAAACCUUACCAACACAGUACGGAUAAGACCGAAGAGACACCGCCAGAGAAGACAGGCUUUAGGUCCCCAAGCCUCAAGGAAAACCCACCAAGGUCUCCGGUAACGGACUCCAAGGAUAAAGCCUACUACGCGGAUACGGACCCUCACUGCCGAGGAUUUACGCACUCUCCAAGUCGCACUUGUGCAGUUUAUAUGGAUCCUUCACAGUCCGCUCACGCUAUUCACAAAGACUGCGGAUCAUCAUGUCCUCACCCGGCGUCUGUGGUGCCCUUUAAAGGGCCCUAUCCGCUAUCAGAGACUGCGUUUAAAACUCACGGAAUCCCUACAUCUGUUGGGUCGUUUGGCCCGGUGUACCCAGGACAAUGUGCGUGCGCGUAUUGCACUCCGCACGGUGAAGUGCCCCCGCCGCAGCGAGGUCUCCCCUUCCCUCACGGGCCCUCGACACCCUAUAUGGACUAUUUACAAAGAACUGUGUGCCGGGAGCCGAACUGCACCAACUGCAAGCCUUUACCUUCAACUUACGGCAUGCCAGGAGCGGGGCAGUGCGGGCCUCACUGUAUGCAGUGCGAUAGCAUGAAAGCGGAACAAUCUGCGAACUCUCCCUUCAAUUGUUUCUACCCUCACGGACUUGCGAUGUUUAAGGGUGCUCAGGACGAGGCGCACCCAUUCGUGUGUAACUGGGUGUCCGGGGCGAAACACUGCGGCAAAAGCUUCACCACUUCCGAGGACUUGUUUCAACAUUUGCGCUCUCACACUCAACUCGGGAACUCGGUAGCUUCGCCAUCACCCAUAGCACAAAGCGCUCCGGCAUGUAACGUGCACGGCUGUCCCUGUAAAUUGAGGGCUAGCCCUGUUCAGUCUAGCAGCCCGCGGUAUCGGCCGUACUAUUACAAGCCGUCAGUCCUCGCAUCGCCAGCGCCUCCAGUGGCGGCCUGCUACCCUUCGCCUUACGUACCAAUGCACGGUCUAGCCUACGAUCCGCACAGACUCUUUAAGUAAAAUUUAGUACAGUUUAAUCUCAUACUCGCAAAACGCGCUCUUGCAAGAGUGAGGGAAAAUUAAGCUGCAAUUUAUUACUUCUUAGAUUGGGGCGGUAUCUAGCAAAUUAAAAACUAUACGUAGCCCACUCUCAGACUUUUUGGGCAAACUCUUGCAUACUCGCAAAAUAAGCUCUAGAUAAAGCGGGGAAAACUUAGCUGUAGUUUGUUCAUAUUUUCAUAGACCAGGGUGGUAUAAAGCAAAUUGGAAACUUGUAAAGCUUGAAUCCCAUAGAAUAAAUAUUAAAUAAUGAAAAGCAUGAAUGAAUAACUUGUAUAUAGUAGUACUUUGAGAGGGCCGCCCUUUAUUGAAUAACUCGGAGAGACUGAGUUUGGCAGGGAAAUUAAAUAAUCUUGUGGAUAUACAAAGAAGUAUGAAUAAAAUAUGUUUUUUUAAACCGA